UAUCCAUGGAAUAAACUCCCCAUCUGCAUCUGCAUCCACAUCCACAGCCGUCUCUCUCUCUUCCUCUGCCUCUUCUUCGCUUUAACUCUUCCGAAGAGAGCGAGGCACUGGGAGAGGAUGGCUUCCCCCAAAGGGGUCGCUUUGGCUCUCCUUCUAUCUCUGCUGAGCUCGGUCCUCGCGUCUUCCUCCUCUCGCGAUCCCGCGGGAUUACUCGAGAGGGCCAAGGAAUCGGAGUUGUCGGACUGGAUGGUGGGCAUCAGGAGGAGGAUCCAUGAGAAUCCGGAGCUCGGGUACGAGGAAUUCAAGACCAGCGAGAUCAUCAGGAGGGAGCUCGACGACAUGGGCAUCGCCUAUAAGCAUCCGAUCGCCGUCACGGGCGUUGCAGGGUUUGUCGGCACGGGGAGGCCUCCGUUUGUUGCGUUGAGGGCCGACAUGGAUGCCCUCGCGAUGCAGGAGAGCGUGGAGUGGGAGCACAAAAGCAAAGUCCCUGGCAAGAUGCAUGCAUGUGGUCAUGAUGCCCACGUCGCGAUGCUGCUGGGUGCCGCUAAGCUCCUUCAGGAGUACCGUGAUGAGUUGCAGGGAACGGUCGUCCUUCUUUUCCAACCUGCUGAGGAAAGAGGUAGUGGGGCAAAAAAAAUGAUAGAAGCUGGAGCUGUGGAGAAUGUUGAUGCUAUUUUUGGGUUUCAUGUAACCCCUGAGUUUCCGGUUGGUGUAGUGGCAUCCAGGCCUGGGCCGAUUUUGGCUGGGAGUGGGUUCUUUGAGGCUGUAAUUAGCGGAAAGGGAGGUCAUGGUGCACUUCCUCAGGAAACAAUAGAUCCAAUUUUAGCUGCAUCAAAUGUGGUUGUAAGCUUGCAGCAUCUUGUUUCACGUGAAACUGAUCCCAUGGACUCACAGGUAGUAACAGUGGCGAAAUUUCAAGGAGGCACUGCGUUUAAUGUCAUUCCAGAUUCUGUAACACUUGGUGGCACUUUCCGCUCCCUAUCAAACAGAGGCUUUUCUCAACUGAAGCAACGAAUUGAGGAGGUAAUUGUUGCACAAGCAUCCGUGCAGAGGUGCAACGCUACUACGGAUUUUAUGAACAAAGAACAUCCUUUCUUACCUGCGACAGUUAACAGCAAAGAUCUUCAUGAGCACUUCCAGAAGGUUGCAGGGGAAAUGCUUGGGUCCAACAAUGUCAUAGAGAAGCAGCCAGUGACGGGAGGUGACGACUUUGCUUUCUUCUCUGAAGCUGUUCCCAGGGCAUAUUACUACUUUCUGGGGAUGAAGAACGAUUCAGGAGGACCACAUCAUCCUGCGCACUCUCCAUACUUCACCAUCAACGAGGAAGCACUCUCAUAUGGUGCAGCCCUUCAUGCAUCUCUUGCUGUACGUUACCUUUCUGAAAACCGUAGCCCAUCUACGUCCAAUGCCAAUCUCCAUUAUGAACUCUAGAUGUUCAUUUCCGUUGCUGGUGCCUUGAGUUGCAGAUGAGGUAGCAGGCUUUCAUGCAGGUGGGUUAUGUUUUUGAUUUGACACCUGGAGCACUUAAAAACUCUGCAUACUUAGGUGAUGUCAAUAUUUAUAAUAGGCUGUGAUUUUGUUUUUUCGUGCUUAAAUUUUGCUAAAUGGUCAAUAUUUUGUGUAAUUAUUUUCGGUUCAUGUUAGAUGGAAAAAAACCCUUCACGUUGAGGUCCUGUUUGAAAAAUUCAGCACAUUGGAUUUGCUGGAUUUUCCAUUGAAUCAUGAAUUGCACAGUUUAUUUAAA